GGAGUUUUGCUUUUGUAAGUUUGUCAUUCAGACACAUUAGUUAAUUGAUCAUACUUGGGAGGUUUCAUCCUUAAUUGCAAAUUGCCGCACGAUCACAAAACAUACACUUGAACUGAUCAUAAAAAUGGCAAAACCCCAAUAUCAGACUUAAGUGUAGAAUUGCCAUAGUGCUGAUUUGAUUAUGCUUCAGUGACAUCUGUUUAAUAGAUUUCCACAAGAACUGUAAAUCCACAUUUACUUGCUUUGCAAACUGUAUUGGAACGCUGAGCAACCACAGCCCCUCUAGCCUCUUCCCCUCCCUAGCCAUGCAUGUGCUAAACCCCCAUUCCUGUUGAGUGUGACUUGAUGUAUAAGUGGGAAGGGGACACGAUGCUGAGUUUUGCACAUUUACCUCCUAUUUCCUUUUGUGUGUGGAUAUGUCUGUGUGCAUGUUUGAAACAGAUCUGAACAGCUUCCCAUUUCAACUCCAUAGAUACGUGACUCUCCAAGUGCUUUAUUUUGAAAACUAGGACGUAGCACUUUGCAGAAGAAAAAUCAGUCCACUUGCUAUUAUUUAUGUGAUCGCUGAUCUGCUAGAUGGAUAUAGAAAGCACCAAGAAUUAUAAUAAUUUAUGGAGUGGAGCACUGGUUUACAAACAUAUUUCUCUGCCCGAGCUUUGUGUGUUUCUUUGCGUCUCGGGGCUCGUUCUGUGCAAUGGGAAUGGAGAAUAUUCAGAAUUUGAAGAUAAGCCCGGCGAGUCGACUGCAUUCAUAGCUAAAAUUAAAGGAAUAAGUGAGCAGCUAUUUGUGGCAGACAGGACAUGAUCCAUCUGUUUCCAGGUCUGGCGGGGGGCCGGGCUGCGGUGGCGGCAGCUGUGGGAGAUGCCGGGGCGGCCAGCGGAGGUCCAUGUGGCGCUCUAGGUGGGAUGCCGGCGUCCUGAAGGCGGAGGCCCUGGCCCUCCUCCCCUGCGGCCUGGGCAUGGCAUUCUCCCAGUCCCACGUGAUGGCCGCUCGGCGGCACCAGCACAGCCGGCUCAUCAUCGAGGUGGACGAGUACAGCUCCAACCCCACCCAGGCCUUCACCUUCUACAACAUCAACCAGGGCCGCUUCCAGCCACCGCAUGUGCAGAUGGUGGACCCGGUGCCUCACGAUGCCCCCAAGCCUCCAGGCUAUACCCGCUUCGUCUGCGUCUCUGACACCCACUCGAGGACGGACCCCAUCCAGAUGCCGUACGGCGACGUGCUGAUCCACGCUGGGGACUUCACUGAGCUGGGGCUCCCGAGCGAGGUGAAGAAGUUCAACGAGUGGCUGGGCAGCCUGCCCUACGAGUACAAGAUCGUGAUCGCAGGCAACCACGAGCUGACUUUUGACCAGGAGUUCAUGGCCGACCUCAUCAAGCAGGACUUUUACUACUUCCCAUCUGUGUCGAAGCUGAAGCCAGAGAACUAUGAGAAUGUGCAGUCACUGCUGACCAACUGCAUCUACCUUCAGGACUCGGAGGUCACUGUGCGGGGCUUCCGGAUCUAUGGCUCCCCAUGGCAGCCCUGGUUCUACGGCUGGGGCUUCAACCUCCCGAGAGGCCAAGCCCUGCUGGAGAAAUGGAACCUCAUUCCGGAAGGCGUAGACAUCCUGAUAACCCAUGGACCGCCACUGGGCUUCCUGGACUGGGUCCCCAAGAAGAUGCAGCGGGUGGGCUGCGUGGAGCUGCUCAACACGGUGCAGAGGCGCGUCCAGCCGCGGCUUCAUGUCUUUGGCCACAUCCACGAAGGGUAUGGUGUCAUGGCAGAUGGGACGACCACAUAUGUGAAUGCGUCCGUAUGCACUGUGAACUACCAGCCCGUGAACCCGCCCAUAGUCAUCGACCUCCCCACACCCCGGAACUCCUGACUGCUCCCCACUGCCCCUGCCCUGCCCGCCCGUGUCAGCUCCACAGGCCUGGCCCAGCCACCGUUCCUUCCAUGCUGAGUUGCCUGGACGACCCAUCUGGCUGCGGGGACUGGCCUAGCAGGCAGGUCAGGGCCUUGGAACGACUCUUUAGCCUCUGUCACCUGGAGUUGGGACCCUGCGCAUCCCCAUCAGGGGUUCUGUGCUCAUUUACUUUUUCUGCGUGUACAUCCUGCGUGUACUUCGUUAAAGGACCUACUAAGCUCAUGGCUCUGUCAUGUUUGGGAAAUGACUAAAUCUUCAUUCUUCUCCCUUGGAUGCCCUCCUGGUUUGGGAAGCUGCUGCUCUUGAAUGGGUUUUGGAAGUUACACAAAAUCUCCCUCUAGCCACAGGUCUGUGUGGCGGCAUGCCCCUGGGUUAGGGGUGGGUGGGAGGAUUCGUGAGCUGCACACAGACAGUCCUUGCUCUCCUCCCAAGUGAGGGAGGAGACAGGCCCAAGGCGGAGGCCCUCCGAGGGAGCAUUUAGGGACAUCUCAGGAAUUCAGACCGCACCUGGCCAGGCCCACAGCAGUUUGCCUGGCAUUGUUCCCCCCUUUUUCUUCCCAUAGGCAUUUUUGUUGACUUGAACAAUGACCUGAGUGUCCUAGGCAUUCACUCGGAGCCUGGAUGAUGGGGGCUGGUUCUAUAGAAUGAGCCACUGGCAUGGGUGCCCAGGACCAGCAAGAGGGUUCCCCGUCACAGGGGGAUGACCCUUGGUCCCACGGGGAACACACUGCUCUGUCGAACGCGGUAGCCUGGAUGGAGGGUCUGCAGGCUUAGGCUGCAGCAGGCCUGCCAUGGGUGUGAACCCAUGUCCAGGCACGCACCGACACACAUGCACGCACGCACCCCUCCUAAUUGAACCAAGUGAGUCCUGUGUUUCUCUUUUCUGCCCCGCAGUGAGGUUCUGUUCCUUGGUGUGGCUUCCCUUGCACCGUUAGGAUUCUGUCUGGCAUGCCUGCAGCCGAGGAAGCCUAAAGGGCUCAAAAUCCACAUCCCAGGACCAGCCGGCCCUGUGAACGGGAGGGUGGCACAGGGACCGAGCGGGCCCCAGGCUCCAGCAGCCCCACCUUGGACAGCUUCUUUUUCUUCUUUGAAUUAAGACUGGAGGGGGUGGGGCCAGGGCAGUGGUGGGAACCGGUAGGGCCUAGAUGAGGGGCAGGCAAUCAGGCAGAAAUGGGCAAGUUCAGGGUCAGAUUCUGUCGUUAUUUAAUAUUUUGUUCAUCAUGGACUUUUUUUGCAUUUAUUUUGAUUUUUAACAUUGCAUUAAAGUAGUAUUAUUUGUCCUGA